UGUAAGGCUGCAAGUGCUGGAGCUCAAACACUCCUGCGCCCCUCCCCUGUGUGGCAGUCACUUUCCCUGGACUCACAAGAAUGGCGAGCGACAUGAUCGUGUACUGGGGCUCGGGCAGCCCGCCGUGCUGGCGCAUCUUGCUGUGCCUGGAGGAGAAGGCGCUGCAGGGCUACCAGCAGAAGCUGCUCUCCAUGGAGAAGCAGGAGCACAAGAGUGCAGCUGUGAUCGAGAUCAACCCCAGAGGACAGUUGCCCGCCUUCCGCCACGGGGAACACGUGAUCAACGAGUCUCUGGGGGCAGUGCUCUACCUGGAGAACCAAUUCAAGGCACAGGGGACGAAGCUGAUGCCAGAGGCGGCAGCAGAGCAGGCCGUGGUGCUGCAGCGCAUGUUCGAGGUCCCAACCCUCCACCAGAAGAGCGUGAUUGUGAUCAUGUACACAUGGAUAGUACCAGAGGCAGAGCGGCACGAGUCUGCUGUAACACGAAACAAGCAGGCUCUGGGUGAGGAGCUAAAGCUUUGGGAAGGAUACCUUGCGAAGGUAUGUUCCAGAAUACCCAUUGAGAUCCGAGGAUGGAAUACACAUUAUAAUUUGUAUCUUACCUAUGAAUGUCAUUUUUUGUCUGUGUGUGCGUCCGUCUGUCUGUCCAUUUGUCUCUGUGGACGCAAAUUGCGAAGGAUUUGGCUCGCAAACCGUGGGGUUUAUGUGUGAAAAAGUAGUCAGGUA